CAGCCCGGGAGAGCCCGGGACAGCCUGGGAGAGCCAAGGAGAGGCCCGGGCAUGGCGCAGUCGGUGGUGGUGCAGGUGGGGCAGUGCGGGAACCAGCUGGGCGGCCGCUUCUGGGAGCUGGCGCUGCGGGAACACGCCGCUGUCAACCAGAAAGGAAUUUAUGAUGAAGCAUUAAGCAGUUUCUUCAGGAACGUGGAUACAAGAAGUGGUGGUGAUGGUCCUGAUAUUUCCAAAGGAAAAAUCUGCUCUUUAAAAGCCCGAGCGCUGUUGAUUGACAUGGAGGAGGGAGUGGUAAAUGAGAUUCUGCAGGGACCACUGAGGGAUGUGUUUGAUAGCAAGCAGCUUGUCACAGAUGUUUCUGGUUCAGGAAACAACUGGGCUGUAGGGCAUAAGCUGUACGGCUGUCGGUACCGGGAGAGCAUUGUGGAAAAGCUGAGGAGAGCUGCAGAGCACUGUGACUGCCUGCAGUGCUUUUUCAUCAUUCACUCUAUGGGGGGUGGGACUGGAUCUGGUCUUGGAACUUUUGUACUAAGUUUGCUGGAAGAUGAAUUCCCAGAAGUGUAUAGAUUUGUCACUUCAGUUUACCCCUCUGGUGAAGAUGAUGUUAUUACUUCUCCAUAUAACAGUGUUCUGGCAAUGAAGGAGCUUAAUGAACACGCAGACUGUGUGAUACCAAUAGAGAAUGAAUCUCUGUUUGAUAUAGUUAAUAAAAUCCAUCAAGUGACCAGUUCUGGGAGGCUAGGGUCAGCUGUGAAGCACAACAGCUUGGUCACAUCCAGUGCAGGCCAUGCCAGAAUCCUUCCAGAGAAGCCAUUUGAUGCCAUGAAUAAUAUUGUAGCCAACUUGCUGCUCAACCUGACCAGCUCUGCUAGGUUUGAAGGGUCCCUUAACAUGGAUCUUAAUGAAAUCAGCAUGAAUUUGGUUCCAUUUCCUCGACUUCAUUACUUGGUUUCAAGCUUGACUCCUCUGUACACCUUGGCUGAUGUUAAUGUACCCUCUAGAAGGUUGGACCAGAUGUUCUCAGAUGCUUUUAGCAGGGACCAUCAGCUGCUUGGGGCAGACCCCAAGCACAGCCUCUACCUGGCCUGUGCUCUGCUGCUCCGAGGCAACGUGCAGGUCUCGGACCUUCGCAGGAAUAUUGAGAGGUUGAAGCCUUCUCUGCACUUUGUCUCCUGGAAUCAGGAGGGCUGGAAAACUGGCUUGUGCUCAGUACCUCCUGUGGGCCAUUCCCAUUCCCUUUUGGCUUUGGCAAACAACACCUGCGUGAAACCAACUUUUAUUGAACUUAAAGACAGGUUUAUGAAGCUCUACAAGAAAAAGGCUCACCUGCACCAUUACCUGCAUGUCGAUGGGAUGGAGCAAAGCUGCUUCUCUGAAGCAAUCUCAUCUUUGUCUGACCUCAUAGAAGAGUACAAUGAGCUGGAUGCCACAAAAGGUGGGCCUAGAACAGAUCCAUCAAGACUGAAGAUAGCUGUUUGAAGGGGGAAGAACUGCUUUUGUAAAGAACAAAACUCCCCAGAGCAUCCAGCCCCUUCAGUUAACCAGCAGGAACUGCAGCCUGCUGGCUCUUGUCAUCCCAGAGCCAGACUGGGACAAGGGCUUCCUCAGCUCUCCUAGAGGGAUCCACUGAAGUGACCCACCUGUCAGGCACCUCACUGGGGUGGAGACCAGGAAGAGCAGUAUUGCCAACUGUAGAGUGCCUUGACAUCCCACAGGCUGUGAAGAGGAGAGGCUGUAGCAGCCAAAAAAAUGUAGGUUUUGUCUCAAGCUUUCAGCUUAUGGUGAAAUACAGGUCAGGCCUUGCUGCAGAGGAAGGUCACUGAGGUGGGGUCUGUGUGCUAACAGCAGCUCUGGACAGCAGAAGUCUUUUCAAAGGGGAAAGCAAGUCCCUGAUGGAACUGGUUUCUUAAGCUUUGCAGGACAGUUGUCAUUUCAGGGUGCUCACCAGUUUAAUGCUGUUGCUCCCAUGGUCUACUCAGCUGUAUUAGAGCAUUCUGAGCUGAUACCCAAACUGGCAAUAUCAGAAGAUUCAACAAAAUAUCUUUUGUUUCAAGUAUUAUACUUGAAAUAUUAAUGACAUCUUUCAAUGAUUCAUAUCCAUGAGUGCUGAGUUGCACGUUGAUCUAACACAACAUACCUCUGAGUGAAAUGUGCACUUGUAAUGAAGUUACAGUGGAGAACAAAGUUUAUAGGCUUAAAAGAAUGCAAUUAAAAUAGAUGAUUUAAUAUUUAUAAUGAUGCGUGUAAGUAGAUUUUUACAUUACAGUAACACCUUGUACAAAACACAAGGAACAGGUGCUCCCAGGUGCUUGCCAGGCUUGGCUGUGUUAGAGCAGCCAGAGCAGGGAACUGCCCAGCUCAGGAUGGAUCCACACAAUCAUUCCUUGCAGCUUGGAUUCUUCUAGCUGAGCUGGAGUGGGUGUGUAAGCACAGUUUUCAAUGUGUAAGUCCAGAAGUGUUGAAUAAAACCUUGUGAUAACA